GUCAAACUUGACAUCAGUCUCUGAGCCGAGAAUGGUAACUUGCGUCGGAAUCGGCGAUUCCACACCAGUGGCAUGCUUUAUGGAGUUAUAUACCUCGUCUUUCCCUCUAAACUGCCGUCAUGGAUUGCAAACCCCCUGUACUCUCUCUCGUUCUCUUCUCGUUCAUUUGCCAAGGACAUCUGACUGGCUAUCAAUCUAACGAAGUUAACCUGCUGGAUUCCAAAGCCAGCCAAGAACUGGGAUGGAUCUCUUCCCCAUCACAUGGGUGGGAAGAGAUCAGUGGAGUAGAUGAGCACUACACACCCAUUCGGACCUUCCAGGUGUGCAAUGUCAUGGAGUACAGCCAGAACAACUGGCUGAGGACCAACUGGAUCCCACGCAACUCCGCCCAGAAGAUCUAUGUGGAGCUCAAGUUCACCCUGAGGGACUGUAACAGCAUCCCCUUGGUCUUGGGGACCUGCAAGGAGACCUUCAACCUCUACUACAUGGAGGCCGACGAGGACCAAGGCGACAUGUUCUGGGAGCACCAGUUCACCAAGAUCGACACCAUCGCGGCUGACGAGAGCUUUACACAGAUGGACCUGGGAGACCGCAUCCUCAAACUCAACACCGAGGUGCGGGAAGUGGGGCCCAUCACCCAGAAGGGCUUCUACCUGGCCUUCCAGGACGUGGGGGCCUGCGUCGCCCUGGUGUCGGUGCGGGUCUUCUUUAAGAAGUGCCCGUUCACCGUGAGGAACCUGGCCACAUUUCCUGACACGGUGCCCACGGACUCGCAGGCGCUGGUGGAGGUGCGAGGCUCCUGUGUCAACAACUCCAAGGAGGAGGAUCCCCCGAGGAUGUACUGCAGCACAGAGGGGGAGUGGCUGGUGCCCAUCGGGAAAUGCCUCUGCAACACUGGCUACGAAGCACAAGGGGUGUCCUGCCAAGCUUGCAGGCCUGGCUUCUACAAGUCUUCCCUCGGGAACCUGCGGUGCUCCAAGUGCCCCCCACACAGCCACGCCCAGCAGCAGGGCUCCGACCACUGCAGCUGUGAGAAGGACUACUUUCGCUCUGAGGAGGAUCCGGCCUCUAUGGCCUGCACGCGGCCGCCCUCCGCCCCCCGCAACGUCAUCUCGGUCAUCAACGAGACAUCGGUCAUCCUGGACUGGAGCUGGCCGGCGGACAUGGGCGGGAGGAAGGACGUGACCUUCACCGUGGUGUGCAAGCGGUGCUCGCCGGGGCAGCGGCAGUGCGAAGCGUGCAGGGGGGCCGUCCGCUUCCUGCCCCAUCGCACCGGCCUCAGGAACACCACGGUGACCGUGGCCGACCUGCUGGCGCACACCAACUACACCUUCGAGAUCGAGGCGGUGAACGGAGUCUCCAGCCUCGUGCCCACCCAUCGCCAGUUUGCUGCUGUCACCAUAACGACCAACCAAGCAGCACCAUCCUCUGUCGCGGUCAUUAAGAAGGACCGGACGUCUCAAAACAGCAUUGCCCUGUCCUGGCUGGAGCCAGAGAGACCCAAUGGCAUCAUCCUGGACUAUGAGGUCAAGUUCUACGAGAAGCAGGAACAAGAGACGAGCUACACCAUCCUGAGAGCAAAGGGCACCAAUGUGACUCUGAAUGGUCUGAAACCGGACACUACGUACCUGCUGCAGAUACGGGCACGCACCGCUGCUGGGUAUGGGGCCAGCAGUCCCAAAUUUGAGUUCGAGACCAGCCCCGACUCCUUCUCCAUCUCAAGAGAGAACAGCCAGGUGGUUCUGAUCGCCAUUUCCUCAGCCGUGGCUGUCAUCCUCUCGGUGGCAGUGGCGUACCUCUUGCUUGGCAGGUUUUGCAGCUACAGCAAGUCAAAACAUCCAGAUGAAAAAAGACUUCACUUUGGCAAUGGCCACUUGAGACUUCCAGGCAUCAAGACCUACGUGGACCCGCACACUUAUGAGGACCCCAGUCAGGCCAUCCAUGAAUUUGCCAGAGAGCUGGAUGCCUCUUGCAUAGCUAUCGAUAAGGUAGUUGGUGCAGGUGAGUUUGGGGAGGUGUGCAGUGGUCGUCUGAAGCAGCCCUCAAAGAAGGAAACCAGCGUGGCAAUCAAAACUCUGAAGGCGGGAUACACAGAGGCGCAGAGGCGGGACUUCCUGAGUGAGGCGAGCAUCAUGGGCCAGUUUGACCACCCCAACAUUAUCAGGCUGGAGGGCGUGGUCACUCGAAGUAAACCAGUCAUGAUUGUGACAGAGUACAUGGAGAAUGGAUCCUUGGACAGUUUCCUGCGAAAGCAUGAUGGCCAGUUCACCAUGAUCCAGCUGGUGGGCAUGUUGCGUGGCAUCGCUGCAGGCAUGAAAUAUCUCUCUGACAUGGGGUACGUCCACCGCGACCUGGCCGCCCGCAACAUCCUGGUCAACAGCAACCUGGUGUGCAAGGUGUCCGACUUCGGCCUGUCCCGGGUGCUGGAGGAUGACCCUGAGGCAGCCUACACAACAAGAGGGGGCAAAAUCCCAAUCAGGUGGACAGCACCAGAGGCCAUUGGCUACCGUAAGUUCACCUCAGCCAGUGAUGUAUGGAGCUACGGCAUUGUGCUGUGGGAGGUGAUGUCCUAUGGAGAGAGACCUUACUGGGAGAUGUCCAAUCAGGAUGUCAUCAAGGCAGUUGAUGAGGGAUACCGACUGCCUCCCCCAAUGGCCUGCCCAGCAGCCCUGUACCAGCUGAUGCUGGACUGCUGGCAGAAGGACAGAAACAACCGGCCCAAGUUUGAGCAGAUUGUCAGCAUCCUGGACAAGCUCAUCCGCAACCCCAGCAGCUUAAAGAUCAUCGCCAACACCCCCUCCAGCCCCCACAGCCCCGAAAAUCUGCUACUGGGCUGGAGCGCUAGCGACAUUGCCACUUUCCACUCCAUGGGUGACUGGCUGGACAGCAUGCGGACGCUGCCUUGCAAGGACACCUUCAGCGGGGUCGGCUACAGCUCUUGCAGCACCCUCCCCAAGACAUCAGCAGAGGACGUCAAGCAGGUUGGAGUGACAAUCGUAGGUCCUCAGAAGAGUAUUGUGAGCAGCCUCACGGAGCUUGAAACGCGCACAAAGAACGACCCCGUUCCUGUGUGAAUGUACGAGAGACGCUCACCUCCGUCACUUUAAAUCGACCAGGACUAAACACUUAAUGACAGGAGGGAAGUACAAGAUUCAAUGCAGAGUUUCUACAGUGGAGUGGAAAUCUCUGCAUAAGAGCAACAGGGACGUGCCAGGCCCCAGCGCUAGUGUCCAGAGAGUGACCUAGUGUCAAUGACAAGUUGCCUUAUUACUGAGAAGCAUGAAAGAUGAAAAAACAUUUCAGCCGGGGCCAGGGAAGCAGUGGAUCCUGGUUUGAGCGGGGUAUUUGUGCUCCCUGGAAAUGUCCAUAGGGCACAGUUUAUCAGCCAGAAGGGAUGGUCGGAACAGUAAAUGCCACUUGCGGGUCUAGUGUCAAUCUUGCCAAUCAGGUAUUAAGCUGCUGAAAGCUUCACAUGACAAAUGGGAAUUUAACACCAACUGCAAUAAUGCAUAGCAAUAAACAGCUCCAUUAGCUAGAAGCAGCACCUGGAUUUAGAGGAAAAUGAACUUCAGUUAAAGUCCUCAAAGGCCUAUUUUCCAUCAGUACUGAUUAGUCUCCAAGCCUCACUUAAAAGUUUGACCAAUGUAGGCCAUGUGUGUAUGGACUACACUCAGUGAAUAUUGCUACCACCCAGAAGGUCCUCCAGCACUCAAAAUUCUAUGCAGAAUGAGGUUUAUGAAUAGUUUCAGGGCAAAAAGUUUGAAACUUGUUAAAAUUACUUACGGCAUUUCAUAAUAAGAGGUUAUACUUUUAGCAAUAAUAUGAAGUUCCUGCCCACUUUUUCUCUGUUCUUACAGUUGGCUAAGCAUCUGUUGGCUGGAUUAUCCUUUGCUUAUACAUAAGCACCCAUGCUGAAAUGCGUGGUGUAUUGUGGAACUGUCAAACCCUGAAAAAGACAUUUGCCAUUGUGGACAAUUACAAAACAGAGAAGAUUAGAAAAAAUGUCUACACACAGCCAUGAGCAAAGAAAACCUAUACACCUGUACAUCUCUGCAUACAUACUCCUUAAUAAAUGUUUAAUGCAAAGUUAUGGUUGUUCUCAUGCUCCACUUUUUCAGUUUUUUGAGAAACCUAAAAUACCUGCUCACACAUCAGUAUAAUUCAGGGAAGUAAGAAGUGUCAUGAUUUCACUGUUCAGAUUUGAUUCAGUCCGCUUGGAAAAGAGAGGUACUGUCAAGGGAUGUUAAAGAACAUGUUCUGAUCUCUGAAAUUCCUAAUCCCUUGAUAGAGAGCCUGAUGGCUGGUAUAAGGCAGUAGGGACAAUGCUUGCUGAACAACCCAGAAACUUUACACCAGAUGGGUUUAGCUCCCUGGAUGUGAAUUUGGGUGAGUCAGUUCUUCCUCUAUUAAAUAACCAUCCCCUUUGAGGCAGCAUUAUUAAAUUGCUAGAUCUAUGCCAAUAUUUUAUUGUACCCUGACCCAUCCCAAUAUUAUAUUUGUAUUGAUAUGUGUAAUGACUGUGUGCUCCACAGACAGUAUCAUUCUAUUUGACAUCCCCAGCCUUACUGUCUGCCCUCUGAAUCAUGUUUUUCAGUUUUGAAACAAUUUUCUGGAGAAGCAGACAUGGAAUAUUACUUUACCUUUAGCUAAGAAUGGCCACUGCUUAUUGGUUGAUCAGAAAAUAAAAGGUGUUGAAAACAUGUGUAGAUAUCAUUGAAGAUGUGAGAUUUCCCUCUUUGAGACCUUAGGACCUCUUCAUAUCAUCUGGGAGUGAGGGGAAGACAGAAAAAGGGAGGUAGAACAAACAUUUAGUCACUGUUUCAGCCAUUUAAAUCCUUGGUGUCUCUAAGCUCCGUAAUAGAGAUAUUACCAGUGAACUGAAGGUCUUCUGAUGUUUGUAUUCUUAACUGGAGGGUGUGUUCUCCUGUCUGUUCGAUUUAAUCCCAUCAGCAAAACCGGGCCCUGACACGUUUGUGCAGCGUCCGUGAAACCUCCUCAGAAGCUACUUCUCUCAAAAAUAUACAAGUGCUCCACAAUGCUUCCGUCUUUACUCAUGGGGAUCCAUUUUUGCUUCCAUUUUCCAUUCGUUUUUUGAUUCCUCGUAUCUAAUUUCACCAGAACAGACACAUUCUAGCAGGUUUCCUGAGUACAGCACACUUUUUUCAGGGCCUAGUUCGACUCAUGAGGCCAUACUGAAAAACAACAUCCACCUAUAAACAAUGUACUCUCUAUAGAGCUUGUGUUUCCUUGAUUCCUUCUUGCUUGUAAAUGAUGCUGCUCCCCUUAUCACUGCUCUGUACAUAUGGGAACAGAAAAUUGUAAUAAUGGCAACUGUCAGACUAAGGCUACUGUCAUUUACA